ACUUCGGACAGUUCUUGAAAUUACAAAUCCGGCUUUCCUAGCUCAAGUGUACAACGAACCGCAAUUAUUAAUUCACUUCCAGGUUCCGAAGGCGUCAUCCAUGCUUGAUAUCUCACCUGUUUCCUCUCACUCUACUCCCGCGUAUAAACCAAGGCCAGUUUCCCAUCUCGGAACCUGUCAGGUUGUGCCCCUCAUAUCUACGUAUCUAAGAAGGAACAAAAGUUAAACAGGUGGCGAAUGUGGGCAGCUGAUCUCCUCUGAUUACCAUCGUGUGAUCCCCCGCAACAGUUGACGACCGUAUUGCCAUAUUGCCACUAUCUCCCUUGUCAACGAGCAGAACAUCGUUUAUUUGCUUCCGAAUUUCUCGCAGUUUCGUCUGUAACCACAUCCGCAGAUUCACCGUCUUCAACAUGGCCUCUAAGACCUUUUACGCCAUCAUAGCCGGCGCUGGUUCCGGAACAGGCCGAGCGUCCGCUAUUCGCUUCGCCAAGGCAUACCCCGUUGUGCUUCUCGCCCGCAGGCCGGAGAGCUAUAAUGACAUCGUCUCCGAAAUCAAUAGCUCUGGGGGACGGGCCAUUGGCAUUACGGCCGAUGCCACGGACCAGGCCGCUUUGGACUCGGCCUUCCAGACCAUCAGCCAGACAUUGCCCGGCAGCAAGCUCGCUGCCGCCAUUUACAACGUCAACGGUGGCUUCACAAGAAAGCCGUUUUUGGAUCUGAAGCUGGAAGAAUUGGACGCCAGCCUUGACGCCGCGCCACGCGGCUUCUUCGCAUUCGCACAGAAGACCCUGCCAAUGCUGCUCGAAUCAGUCCCUGACUCCCUUUACCCCCCGACGCUCAUCAUCACAGGGGCUACAGCAUCUGUCAGAGGAUCAGCGUACUUCGGGGGCUUUGCCGCUGGCAAGUUUGCACUGCGCGCCCUCGGCCAGUCCCUGGCACGCGAGUUUCACCCUAAAGGUGUCCAUGUAGCCCACGCUAUCAUCGACGGAGGGAUUGACACCCCCUGGGGCAAGGACCUGGUUAUGAACAAUGGUGUCGAAGAUGGCAAGAUCAAACCCGAGCAGAUCGCCGAGGAUUAUUGGCAUCUGCACAUCCAACAUCGCUCCGGAUUCACGCAUGAAAUCGAUACGCGGCCAUUUGUAGAAAAAUUCUGAAGUGAUUCCGGCUGCAGUGGAGAUGAGCCUACACGGGAAGCAUGGCAGAAGGCAGAAUGGGCUGCCAAGGAAUAAGUGCACAACUCGCCGUCUGAGGGCGUCGAUUGGACCUGUAGCUUGACAUGUUCUCCUCCGAUGGAAGGUGUGUGUAAUUGGCCAUCUAGUAUUCGUUUCUGGGGAAAGAGUCAUACUUCGUUCGUCUGAUGCAAGUAGACGCGUCCGUCGAUCAGAGACCGCCUUCUGAUUCAUGCCGCUUUGGGCCGCCGAAAGAACCCGCUAGGGCGGGUGCUCGGAAUCGGCCUCGUGCGCGGUGCGGUUCCGGCGUCGUAUAUUUCUAGGCAGUAAGUCGCAUGUUAUUGUCGCCUCAAGAUCCCGA